CCCAAGUCACUCUGUUGCACUCAUUUAACUUUACAGAGCAUUUAUCUGGACUCUCCUUGAGAACAAGGCCCAAUCUCAUCAACUCUACAUUCAGAAUACUUGCUCGGUGUCACACGUGCACCUUGACCCUGCCACUGAGGGGAGAACCUGGGCCCAGUGAGCUUAAUCGGUCCUCACAAGGUCAGGCUGCUGAUCCCACUAAUAAGCUUGAGCCUCCUAAUCCAUCCCAGCAGAACCUCAGGACAGUUGACAGUGGCUCCUGAGAGCUGGCUGGGGCCAUUUUGGCCCCUCGCCUGUGGCCAUCUUCUGCAGACUUGGUCUGGGAGGGGAUGGGGCAGCUGAGCCAUGUGCACCACCCUCUUCCUACUCAGCACCUUGGCCAUGCUCUGGCGCCGCCGAUUUGCCAACCGGGUCCAACCAGAAUCCAGCGCCAUGGAUGGGUCAGUUGCUGGCAGCAGCCUGGACACAGAUCUCCAGUCCUCAGGCAGGGAAAAAGAACCUCUGAAGUAAGCCCUCAUCACUUCUGCAGGUGGGGGCUCAGCCCCAGAGACUGGGAUCAGCUGGCCCAGGCAGGUCCUGGUUUGUCCCCUAUCCCAGGAGGAUGCUGUGGGAGCUGAAGCAGCAGCCCACUGGAGAACAGGAAAAGCAGCAGUUGACAAGGCCGUUGGUUCCUGCUUAGAAAAAAGCCUCAUGGAUGCCGGACAGCUAUAGCAGGCACAGGUGUCACAUCUUCAGUGUCCCAAAACCAGAAGAGGCUGUUGUUUUUAAAAGCAAGAAAACAUUCCUAAACUUGGUCAGAA